GCUUCUUCUUUAAUCGGAGCAUCAAAACUUUGGAUCGGGAGGAAUGAUUCUUCAGCUUCUGCUCUCUAUCCUCUGUUUCAUCAGUGGAACUUUAUCAGAGGAAUCCCCAUAUGUAACAAUCAUAGUCAAAGGAUCUGAUAUAGUUGCUGAGACUGAUGAUAGUUUUGUUUGUGCCACUCUUGAUUGGUGGCCUCCUCAGAAGUGUAACUAUAACCAAUGUCCAUGGGGACAGUCGUCAGUUCUGAAUCUGGACUUAACUCAUCCAUUCCUAUCUAAUGCCAUUCAAGCUUUUGAACAUUUGCGGAUAAGAAUUGGAGGCUCUUUGCAAGACCAAGUAGUGUAUGGUGUGCCGACAUUGGGACAUCCCUGUCUUCCUUUUUCCAAGAUGAGCGGUGGUUUGUUUGGUUUCUCCGAAGGAUGUUUGAGCAUGUCAAGAUGGGACAAGCUAAACCUUCUGUUUCAGAGGACGGGGGCGAUAAUCACAUUUGGUCUGAAUGCACUAAAUGGGAGGCACCCUGUACACAAUGGUAUGUGGGUCGGUAACUGGAACUCCACAAAUGCUCGUGAUUUCAUUAAGUACACAAUUUCAAGAGGAUAUCCAGUUGAUUCAUGGGAAUUCGGAAAUGAAUUGAGCGGAAGCGGUGUUAGUGCAAGGGUUAGCGCUGAACAAUAUGCGAAAGAUCUGAUUGGCCUUAAAACUCUUCUUAAGGAGUUAUAUAAAAAUUCACGCAUGCGACCGUUGCUAGUUGCCCCUGGAGGAUUCUUUGAUCAAAAAUGGUAUACUCAGCUAUUACAAGCUUCAGGUCGGGAUGUCGUCAAUGCUUUGACACAUCAUAUAUAUAAUCUUGGCCCAGGUGAUGAUUACCGUAUCGAGAGUAAGAUACUGGAUCCCCAAUAUUUAAGUCGGAUAACAGAUACAUUCAGAAAUCUCCAACUUACAAUAGAAAGACAUGGACCAUGGUCAUCCGCUUGGGUUGGAGAAGCUGGUGGUGCUUACAACAGUGGAAGUCGUCGUGUGUCAAAUAAAUUUCUCGACAGCUUCUGGUACUUGGAUCAACUGGGCAUGGCAUCAAAGUACAACACUAAGGUCUAUUGCAGACAGACCUUGAUUGGAGGGAAUUAUGGUCUCCUCGACACACACACUCUCACACCAAAUCCUGAUUACUACAGUGCACUAUUGUGGCAUCGGCUAAUGGGGAAAAGAGUUCUCUCCAUCGACAUCAGUGGCUCAUCAUACUUGCGAGCAUACGGUCAUUGCAGGAAGGGAAAGGCAGGCGUCACUCUACUCUUGAUCAACCUAAGCAAAUCCACCAAGUUCAGUGUGACCGUCCGAGACAAUCUCAAUGCCAUUCCUGCCGAGGGAGGAGACAUUCAAACCGACAAUUCUUUCGUCCACAGCUUUAAGAGAGUACUCUCCUGGAUGGGCAGAAAAGCAUCAUCUGAAUCUGAAAGCAGAGAGGAGUAUCAUCUGACCGGGAAGGGCCGCGACCAUCUAAGCCAAACAGUGCUGUUGAAUGGAAUACCGUUGGAGCUUACUGAGGAUGGCAAGAUUCCACCUCUGAAUCCUGUGUAUGUUCCAGCAAGCUCCCCUUUGCAUGUUGCUCCCUUGUCUAUAGCAUUUGUAGUACUCCCCAACUUUGAAGCUCAAGCUUGCAGCUGAAGAGGAUGCACAAGGUAAUGGUGCAUCCUGCUGUUGUAAAUGAUGGAUGAUUUAUUGCACCAAAUUUAUACUGUAUAACAGCUUGGCCAUGGGAUCAAAUAAGUUGUGUAAGUUCUUCAGGAGAGCUAAAUAAGAUGUGUGAUUGAUGUUUUAGCAUGA